AUGUCUAAUCCAGAAGACGCCAAUUUCAACUCCUUACAAGCCCAUUCCGAUCUGCAAAAGCAGUUUGGCGCUCGUGAAUGGAAACUCAAUCUCAAAGCUGCUCCUAAUUGUAUUCUCAUCUUGGCUGAAGCACUGUUAGUUGUCUCUAAGCGGGAAACUAUGGCCCUUGACUUAUCGGGUCCAGGCGUAAAGAAGCUCUACGUAGACGUGAGGGACUGCGCCGUAGUUGGGAUCGAUACCUUUAAAAGUACUGGAGAAAGGAUGGAAGAGGUCUGCCUCUUGGCUAAUGAGCUAGGAGGACCUGGCGGCUUAAUUGAGUCGAUGAUGAAGUAUCUCGAUCUAAAUCAGUCGGAAGCCCGAGAUCGGCAACUUAAACGUUACGUAUCUAAUAGCAUUGAAAAGUCAACAGGAUCUGUCAACAUCUUAAUAGAUGUUAGAAAAGAUUUCGAGGCGUGGAGGGAACUCACAUAG